UUAUAAACUGUCAUGGCGGACAAAAGCAAGGAAGCAUGCGAUGGCCCUUCUCGCAGAGGGAAAGGAGGAGAUUCUGUAGUUAUACGUAUAGCAGUAGACGAAAAGAAUAACACAGAGCAGUCCAUAUCUAACUGGUCUCAAAGUCUAAACUUUAAUCCUUCCGGUUUGAGCAGCACAGAAACUAAUACCAGUCAAGCAAGUUUGGGACGGAGGCGGGUACAGGAAUUGCGUCUUGAGAGAUAUGCAUCACAAAGUUCAUCGAUCACGUCUGAUGACGUACCUUUAAAGGAAUUGCCCGAUAACAUUCCUUUCUUCUCCGGAAUACCCUCAGUUGAAGUAAUAAAAGGAAUUAUACAUCUUUUUCGUGACAGGUCAAGGCCAGUUGAAGAGUGUACCAGUGAAGUGUUGUGUGUGUUAGGAGUUCCGGCUCACAUCUCAUUAAACGAUUUCUUAACAUUUAUAUCAGCAUCACUUUCAUCUUUGUUGGCAUUACAAGUGGUACGGGAUUCUACUCCUAAUCAGUACAUGGUGCUACUAACCUUUAAGAAUAAGUUACAAGCUGAAGAGUUUUAUCUCCAUUAUAACAUGAAAAGGUACAGCUCAAUGGAAAAGAGGAUCUGCCAGCUGGUCUAUGCCAGUCAAAUCGAAGUCAUCAGAUCAUCAAGAGAUUCAUUAACGUCACCAGCAGCACCUUCUGAAGGACUAACUGAGCUACCUAGCUGUCCUGUGUGUCUUGAAAAACUUGAUGAGUCUGUAUUAACGAUACUCUGCAAUCAUUCCUUUCACACCGACUGUAUAACAAGAUGGGAGGACUCGACGUGCCCCGUCUGUCGGUAUACUCAAAUUCCAGAGCCAUCUAGCGAAAACACGUGUAGCAAAUGUGAUUCAAAUGAGAAUCUCUGGAUUUGCCUUGUGUGUGGUCAUGUUGGGUGUGGCCGAUAUCACGGAGGACACGCCCAAGAACACUUCACAUCAACUCAGCACACAUUCUCGAUGCAACUUGGGACCCAAAGAGUCUGGGAUUACAUUGGAGAUAAUUAUGUUCACAGGCUGGUACAGAAUAAAGGCGAUGGCAAAAUGGUUGAAAUACCUGGACAGGAAGAAUUGGGUGAAGAUGAGAAGAUUGAUUCAUUACAGUUAGAAUACACGUACUUACUGACUAGUCAGUUGGAGUCACAGAGACUUUAUUUUGAAGAGAAACUGACCCGAGUUGAGGAAGAAGCAAGAGAGCAAAUAUCCCAACUGGAGGGAAGGUGUAGGUCGACCGUGAUCGAGAAGGAGAGACUUGAAGAGAAAAUGGAAGAGGAGAGAAAGGAAAGAGAGAAGAAGUACCAGCAGCUGCACGGGAGGUUAACCAAAGUAUUGAAUGAACUAGGAGAAGAGAAAGAGUUGAAUAAGUGCAUGUCCGAUAACCAGAAGGUUUUUUGCGAGCGUUUUGCAUUACUAGAAGAAGAAACUGAAGCAAAACUAAGGAAAAAAGACAAAGAUAUUGAGGACUUAAGAGAGCAAGUAAAAGAUUUAAUGUUUGCUUUGGACGUUCAACAAAAAAUCUCUCAAUCUUCUCCAGAGAAGCAGCAGGAAUUUCGCGAGGGCCACAUGGUCGUGACUCAUACACCCCCAGGGAAGAGAGGAGGAGGAGGGAGGGGGAGAAGAGGAAAACAUUAAUGUUCUUUAUCUUAAUCUUGUUUGUGUUCGUCAUUUUAGUGCUUGUUCUGAUUUAUUAUUCUUUUAAUUGGAUAAUUAUAA